CUUGAAUGGAGAGAAGUCAGACGACGGUGAUAUCCACAAAAGAGUUUUCAGCGCCGCUUUUUCAAUCCCCGUUGGUCAGAAACACCACCAAUCAAGCUCCUCCGCCACGAGCUGACUCACACUUUUAACCCGUCUGAGCGUAAAACACACUAUUCUCUCUCUCUUGGCGUUACUUUCCAUUCUGAGCACCGACAAAGAAAUAGUCACAGGGUUUCAACACGACGUCGUUUACUCUCUCUCGCUCUAUGACUGCGUUUUAGAGAGAGAGAGAGGGGAGAAGCGAGCCCUCCCAGACUGCGAAGCAAAUGCGAGCCAAAAUUCUCGCUCUAAUUGAAGCUUCAAUUGAAAAUUUAGGCGUAUUCUCGAAUUUGGCGAGUCAUGGAGCCAGCAAUUGAAGUGCUGCCGAGUAAUCACACCGCUCUGAAUGUUCAAACAAUACAAUCUGUAUCGAGACCAGCGUUUUAUUAUCAAAGGGCACAUAAAAGAGUGAAGUUAUCUGGUAACAGAAAAGAUUGUGAUAGCACGACCUUCUCUACAAUUGUGCGUAAUGAUAUUGAAGAGAAGAAACCGAAGACCUCUCUGGAAGUUAUUGAUUAUGGUGAUCCAUUUGCUAUCCCCAACUUGCUGGAGAGGUUAGACUGUGGUAAAUAUGGAAGUGUUACAAAAGAGAUGGAAGACCUUGUCGCUCAAAACAUGCAGACGCUGAACCCGUAUUUCGCAAAGUAUCCCAUGCUUUUCAAUACAUUCUUGGAAGCGGAAAAGAACCAGAGUAAAGAGGUUUCAAAAGAAGCUAAAUGUUUGUCGGAUAAUAAUGUCAUUGAUUUGGAGGAUGACCGUGUUGCUGAUAACGUUCUAGCAGUAUCACAUCCUGUUGUAGUUAUUGACUCGGAUGAUGAAGACAAUGGAAAUCAGAGUCAUUUUGUUCCUUUUCAGGAGGUUGUCUUGCCAAGACCAGCUGGACAAUUUCUUAUGAAGGACUUUUUGGAUUGCAAUGUUCUACAUAUUCACCCUGGAAGAUCUCAACAUAGUCACUCUGCAAAGGGUGGAGCUCAACGUAGUCACUCUGCAAAGGGUGGAGCUCAACAUGCAGAAGCAAGUGGUGAGCCUGAAAUCAAGAAAGAGAAAGGUGUUUAUGUUGGCGUAGAAGAGGAAGAUGAUCAUCGGACUGAUACUGAAGAUGAUGGUCUGGGAGAUAUUUGGAAGGAGAUGACAAUGGCGUUAGAAUGUUCAAAGGAUGUUCUUGUAGAUCCUUCAUCUGAUGAACAAGUGAGAGGAGGGGAGGAUUGUGAUCAUUCUUUUGUCUUAAAGGACGAUAUUGGAUAUGUUUGUCGCAUAUGUGGGGUCAUUGAUAGAGGGAUUGAGACCAUAUUUGAGUUCCAGUACAAUAAGGUCAAAAGGAGUACCCGAACUUACAUGCCUGAUUCUCGGAAUGCUAAAGACAAAGAGUCAUCUGAGAUGGUUGGAGUUAAAUUUUCUGAAGAUGGUGUGACGGUAACUGAAAUUUCUGCCCAUCCAAGGCAUACAAAGCAAAUGAAACCUCAUCAAGUGGAGGGUUUCAAUUUUCUUGUCAGGAACUUGGUGGGUGAUAAUCCUGGGGGCUGUAUCUUGGCCCAUGCUCCUGGAUCUGGGAAGACAUUUAUGAUAAUCAGUUUUGUGCAAAGUUUCCUUGGAAAGUAUCCACAUGCUAGACCUCUAGUCGUGCUUCCUAAAGGAAUCUUGACAACAUGGAAAAAGGAGUUCCAACGAUGGCAGGUAGAGGAUAUUCCACUGUAUGAUUUUUAUACUGUCAAAGCAGAUAAUCGAUCUCAACAACUGGAGGUGUUGAAACAGUGGGUAGAGCAUAAGAGUAUCCUUUUUUUAGGGUACAAACAAUUCUCAACAAUUAUUUGUGACAAUGGAACCAGCAACACCUCUGCUUCAUGUCAAGAGAUACUUCUUAAGGCUCCUUCAAUUCUUGUCCUGGACGAAGGGCACACUCCUAGAAAUGAGAACACUGAUGUGUUACAGUCUCUUGCAAAAGUACAGACACCUAGAAAAGUUGUACUCUCUGGAACCCUUUAUCAAAAUCAUGUCAAAGAGGUGUUCAAUAUUUUGAACCUUGUCCGACCAAAGUUUUUGGGGUUGGAAACCUCACGAGCUGUUGUCAAGCGCAUAAUGAGUAGAGUAGAUAUACCGGGUAUGAAAAGGCAGUUCUAUGACUUGGUUGAACACACUUUACAGAAGGACAAAGAUUUUAGAAGGAAAGUGGCUGUCAUACAAGAUUUGCGUGAGAUGACCAGCAAGGUCCUUCACUAUUAUAAAGGAGACUUCCUGGAUGAGCUUCCUGGUCUUGUUGAUUUCACUGUAGUACUGAACCUCAGUUCCAGACAGAAGCAUGAAGCUGAGAAAUUAAAGAAGUUGGCGAGGAAGUUUAAGAUAAGUUCUGUUGGCAGUGCUGUCUAUCUUCACCCAAAACUGAAUUCUGUCUCUGAGAAUAAUGCCCUAGCUGAUCAUAUUGUGGAUGAGAUGUUAGAGACAUUAGAUGUCAAAGAUGGAGUGAAGGGGAAAUUCUUUCUUAAUAUGCUUAAUUUGUGUGAGUCAGCUGGAGAGAAGCUGCUGGUUUUCAGUCAGUACCUCCUGCCCUUGAAAUUUCUAGAGAGAUUAGCAGUGAAGGCGAAGGGUUGGAGUACUGGAAGAGAAAUCUUUGUGAUUUCAGGUGAAUCAAGUUCUCAGCAUCGUGAAUGGUCCAUGGAGCAGUUCAACAAUUCUCCUGUUGCUAAAGUCUUCUUUGGCUCGAUCAAGGCGUGUGGGGAGGGUAUAUCUUUGGUUGGGGCAUCCCGCAUAAUAAUUCUCGAUGUUCAUCUUAAUCCGUCAGUGACUCGCCAAGCAAUAGGUCGUGCAUUUCGGCCGGGGCAAACGAAGAGAGUGUUUGCAUAUAGAUUGGUAGCUGCUGAUUCACCUGAAGAGGUAGAUCACAACACUUGCUUCAAGAAGGAAUUAAUUUCGAAGAUGUGGUUCGAAUGGAAUCAGUAUUGUGGUUAUCAAGAUUUUGAAGUGGAGACGGUUGACGUGAAAGAGUGUGGCGAUCUCUUCUUGGAAAGUCCACUGUUAGGAGAAGAUGUAAAGGUUCUGUACAGAAGGUAGUUCCUAGCAUCAUUCUAAUGCUGAGCAAUGUAGUUGGCUGAAGUAUUCUCAAUUCUAUCUGGCUGAGUGAGAAUCUUCAUCUGUUCAUGCUUAGUUAUGUAUCCUGGUUCGGAAAACUUCAGGACAACAGUUUUGUAAAUCCAUUUUGGACUGGUUUUCCCGACUUUGCUUGCUGGGAAGGGAAGUUUCUGUAUAGCAUACCUCAUCCAAUCAGAUGCUUAAUUGGGGGUGACAAUUUCUUGUUGCCAGGAUGAAUUUUAAUUUUAAUUUUUUUUUUCCUAUUCAA